UCAAUUUGACAUUUCAACCAACAUGUGUACAUCGUGAAACUGACAAAACACUUCAAUAUCGGUGUGGUUAUAUUUCGAAGUAAAAAUUAUAACUUGAAAGUUUAUGCUUCAGAGCAUAUGAAAGCAAUACAAUUUUUUAGAAAAUAAGUGUAGAACGUUGCCAAAUAAUGGAGGUAGAAAACGGCGAGGGACAAGUACAGGUGCGCCUGAAGACCAAACAGGAACAUUAUGCUGUGCCUGAUGUACCUUAUACAAUCGAAGGAAGCGUAACCACCGCUGACCUGAACACAUUCGUUAACACGUUGUUGGAGCAAGCCGAGAUCAAUGCCGGCGACCAUAAAUCUCCCGUUGAAUUUGAUUUCAUAGUAAUUAAUGAAUAUUUGCGCGGACGUCUGUGCGAUCACUUACGCGAAAAGGAAAUUUCCUUUGAAGACACUGUAGAUAUUGAAUAUGUUGAACGUUUCCCAGCGCCAGAACCUCAAGACUGCUUGCUGCAUGAUGAUUGGGUAUCAGCAGUUAAGGCAAGUGACAAAUGGAUAUUGACCGGCUGCUACGACAACACCAUAAACAUAUGGACGGAAAAAGGCAAACAUGUAUUAACAAUACCGGGGCAUACACAGCCAGUGAAGGCAGUAGCUUGGGUGUCGGUUGAUGAGCAGCGUGGAAAAUUCGUAACAUGUUCCCAGGAUCAAACUGCGAUGCUUUGGGAAUGGUUAGUUGGUACGAAUUCAGUGGAAUGCGUUUCGGUUUGUAAAGGGCAUGAGCGUGCGAUCGAUUGUGUUGAUGUAAGUCCAGAUAAAGCACGUUUCGCCACGGGUAGCUGGGACACAAUGCUAAAGAUAUGGUCGGCGGAAAUAAAUGAAGGAGGUGAAGGUACUUCGAAGCGUGCAAGAGAAAGUAACACAACAAGGGUUCCUCAAAUGACUUUACAAGGGCAUCGUGAAUGCAUUUCUUCCGUACAAUGGAUGGAUACAGAUGCACUUUUAACAAGCAGUUGGGAUCAUACUUUGAAAAUUUGGGAUCUAAAUCUCGAGGGUAUUAAAAUGGAAGUUUCCGCUAAUAAAUCAAUUUUUGAUGCCAGUUACUCUAAGCUGAAUCAUCUCAUUGUCACAGCAUCGGCAGACAAAAAUCUUCGUCUCUACGAUCCGCGCACGAAUCAUGGCAACCUGGUGCGCAAUACUUAUUUUGGCCACAGCCAUUGGGUGCAAACCGUAAUGUGGUCUACAACAGAGGAAUACCUCUUUGUGUCUGGUUCGUACGAUAAUCAAAAUAAACUGUGGGAUUACAGAUGCCCUAAGGCGCCGUUAUACGAUUUGUUGGGCCAUGCAGACAAAGUGCUGGACAUUGAUUGGUCAAAUCCGAAGUACAUCGUUUCUGGUGGCUCUGAUAAUACAGUAAGGGUUUUCAAGUCACGCAAAGCUGUGUUGACCGAGCCCAUGGAUGAUACUAAAUAGAGACCCCACCCCCCCCCCCCCC